CAUAGCGGUUACUGGAAAUGACACACGGGAGGCGGUCGAAAGGCAAAUGUCCAAAAAUAAUGUGCUGUAGUUAUGAUUCAUCUGGAAGCCACAUUUUGAUCAGAUUUAUAAAACCAGACAACACUUAGCCUAUAGGGUAUUUUCAGUAAUAGGACGCAGUAUCAAACGGUCUGAGAGAAUAUCGUUAGUGUGUUGAAGCCUGGUGGUGUGUUGAUUCCGUCUACCAGCCCGGGUGAGCUGCUGCUGUAUCGUGGGACGACCGGGAUCAGAGCGGACGGACGUGGUUCUGUCCAUAUCCACACGAGUAGAAGUUUUGCGCCGUGAUUUUUUUUUUUUGCCCGUGUGUUAGUGCAAAGAGCCGCAUCUAUAUUUCCCUAAUGAAAAUUACUCUUUGGAAGGGUUCCCGGGUCGUGACAGAGAUGAUGUCGAGUAAAAGUGUGGAAUGGCUUCAAGAGGAACUUGAGUCCGGGCUCGGUGUGAGCUCGCUACUGCUACUGGACUGCCGAUCGCACGAGCUCUACGAAUCAUCACACAUAGAGUCGGCCAUCAAUCUGGCGAUUCCCGGUUUGAUGCUGCGGAGACUAAAGAAGGGGAAUCUACCGAUCCGGUCCAUCAUUCCCAACAACGAGGAUAAGGAGAAAUUCGUGAAGCGGUGCAAAACGGAUAUGAUUCUUCUCUACGACGAGGCCACUACGGACUGGCAGGAGACCGGGCUGGUGAGCUCUGUCCUCGGCUUGCUACUGCAAAAGCUCCGGGAUGACGGCUCCAAGGCUUUUUACCUGGAAGGUGGAUUCAACAAGUUCCAGACAGACUACCCAGAACACUGUGAGAUGAACCUUGACUGUUCCUGCCCCAGCAGCUCCCCGCCUGCGUCUGUCCUGGGGCUGGGGGGGCUGAGGAUCAGCUCUGACUGUUCUGAUGGGGAGUCAUCGGACAGAGAACCGGUCAGCGCCACCGAGUCCGAGGGCAGCCCUCUCCCCAACAACCAGCCUGCCUUCCCGGUCCAGAUCUUACCGUACCUCUACCUGGGCUGUGCCAAAGACUCCACCAACCUGGACAUCCUGGGGAAGUACAACAUCAAGUACAUCCUGAACGUCACGCCCAACCUGCCCAACAUGUUUGAACACGACGGAGACUUCAAGUACAAACAGAUCCCCAUCUCCGAUCACUGGAGCCAAAACCUCUCGCAGUUUUUCCCAGAGGCCAUUUCUUUCAUUGAUGAAGCUCGUUCCAAAAAGUGUGGUGUCCUGGUGCACUGCCUGGCAGGGAUCAGUCGCUCGGUAACGGUCACCGUGGCCUACCUGAUGCAGAAGCUUAACCUGUCGCUCAACGACGCCUACGACUUCGUCAAACGCAAGAAGUCCAACAUCUCUCCCAACUUCAACUUCAUGGGUCAGCUUCUGGACUUUGAGAGAACGUUAGGGCUCAAUAGCCCAUGUGACAACCACACCUCCACCAAUGACCAGCUGUUCUUCACCACGCCAACCAAUCAUAACGUGUUCCAGCUCGACACGCUGGAAUCUACAUGAAAAGGAGGAAGGGUGAGACUUGAGCGGCCAACUUGGAUGUGAAUGUUUAUCUUCUGAUCGGCAGAGGCUGGCUGGCUUUGACAGCGGACAGUCUGGGAUGGACAUGGAAGAGGACAGAACAGACACCUAAUGGAAGUCUGUUUGGCUUGUUGAAUCAUUGGUCUCUCAGAGAGGAGGAGGAGGAAGCCUGUUCCUCUGUUUCAUCUCCACAGUGGUUUGGGUAGCGCCUUAUCUUGUCAUCUUGUUGACCAGCCUGUUUAUUUUAUGUCGAAGGAAGGAAGAAGUCCUAGAUGUAGACUGAUUCAUGCUGCAGAACAGAACCGUACAGAGAAUCAUACAAAGAUGGGUCACGCAGAUAGAUGGAUCUGCUGCAGUCAUUCAUUGAUUCAUUGUCGUCCUCUUGGACAAGCUCCUCAUCAACAACGUCUUCAUGAUGAUGAUGAUGAUGUGUUGGAGGGCCUUGGAUUCACCCGUAUGGAGCUGGUCUCCCUCUAUUGAAUGUUGGUCAAAUUUUUUAACAAACUUAAGUUAUUAUUAAAACAAAACACAAGUCUGUUCAAGUGAUGCUAAUAACAAUGUAAUUACAAGUACGUAUUAUCAGUAUGUAUGUAUGCAUUUGUAUAUUUGAAUAUAUUUACACACAAAUGUCUACUACUACUAUACUCUUACCUGUACAAAAACACACUGACAGCUGAAGGAGAUAUUAUAACUAAAGAGAAAACAGACCAACAGAAAGUAACUUUUUGAUAAUAUUCUGGUUGUUUUUGUCAUUUCUUUUCUAUGUUUGUAAAGAUGACCUAAUGCAGUUUGCACAGUGAAGCCUUUUGUUUCUUGGCACUUGCGAGAGAGAGCGACAUUGCGAGAGAGAGCGACAUUGAGAGAGAGAGCGACAUUGAGAGGGAGAGCGACAUUGAGAGAGAGAGAGCGACAUUGAGAGAGAGAGCGACAUUGAGAGAGAGAGCGACAUUGAGAGAGAGAGAGCGACAUUGAGAGAGAGAGAGCGACAUUGAGAGAGAGAGAGCGACAUUGAGAGAGAGAGAGCGACAUUGAGAGAGAGAGAGCGACAUUGAGAGAGAGAGAGCGACAUUGAGAGAGAGAGAGAGCGACAUUGAGAGAGAGAGAGCGACAUUGAGAGAGAGAGAGCGACAUUGAGAGAGAGAGAGCGACAUUGAGAGAGAGAGAGCGACAUUGAGAGAGAGAGAGCGACAUUGAGAGAGAGAGAAAGACGUGUCAGAGAGGGACAUUCAGAGAUUGAGGGACAUUCAGAGAGGGACAUUCAGAGAUUCAGAGAUUGAGAGAUUCAGAGAUUGAGAGAAGAAGAGGGACAUUACGAGAUUGAGAGAAGGAGAUUGUCAUUCAGACAGUGAGAGAAGAAAAGGGACAUUCAGAGAUUGAGAGAAGAAAAGGGACAUUCAGAGAUUGAGCUGGGUGAAGCACUUAAUUGAAAGCUUAGUUCCUUAAUUGUAUAUGAAAGAUAGUAUGCAUCCCAAAUGUCUCCCCUACUCCCUACAUCAGGGAUAUUCAACUCCUACCCUACAAGGUCCGGAGCCUGCUAGUUUUUUGUUCUAUCUGAUAACGAAUUGCACACUUGGUGUCCCAGAACUAAAUCAUUCCCUGAUUAGAGGGAAACAAUGAAAACAUGCAAUGGAACUGUCUUCCAGAGUUGAGAUGGAGAGCCCUACGUAGUGCACUACGGAGGGAAUAGGGUGCCAUUUGGAACGUAGAUUCAUUAUUUUGGUUUAAGCAAAGAUCCCAACAUCACCCGAAAGAGUUUUAAUCGUGGGAACAAUCACCCUGCAAGCCAUGGCUAUAUUAUACAUAUUAUAUUUCUCUAAAUGAUUAUAUCAUAUUAGGAAUAAAAUAUUAGCUCAAUUCUCUACAUGAGCAUGCUACUGUGUGCUCUCUACCCGUGGGGUGGUGGGGGACUACACAAGGAAAGAAUUGGUUGUGAACAGGUUUGAAAAUGUUUUCUACAUUUCCAGGUUUUCCCAAAAAAUCCUGGUUUGGAGAUUUCCGUAUUGAGACAACAAGCAGAACAUCCAGGAAUCCUUCUUCAAGGUAUUAUGGAAAACCUGGGAAUUGUAGAAAAUGGCUGUAAUUUUGCAACCCUAGUUGGGAGGUGGUCGGUUGUUUAUUUACCAGUUGGAAGACGGACGAUGACAUCAGUUUUUUCUUACUACUAUUACUGUUGUCUGUCUGUCUGCCUGUCAUGUACAGACCCCGUUCACACCGAGGACUUUAUUGAAUCUGUAAUCUGUAUAGCUGAAGGUUGUGCGACCUAAAUGAAAGGUCAUUUCACAUUGAGCCGACAUAUGGAGUCUCUGCUAACACGGUGAACAUUGCCUUUAGAUUUCAAUCACGCUGAACUUCAGCCAUACAGAUGGAACCCAGACCUUAGGUUGCACCACUGAUGUACAACGCAUUUUGGUACAACGGUUGUGAUACAAUUUAUAUAUUUUCCUAAUACUUCAUGCUGAAAAAUUCUCUGUUGCAUCACAACCGUUGUACCAAAUGUGUUGUACACCAGUUGUACGACUCGAGUGUGGGGUCAUAUAGAGGAGAAUAUAUCCCAUUUAGCAGACGCUUUUGUCCAAAGCGACUUACAAGUCGGCUGGGGCCACUACUUUUACAUAUGGGUGGCCCCAGCAGGAAUCGAACCCACGACGCUUGGCGUUGCAAGAGCCAUGCUCUACCGACUGAGCCACACAGGACCAGGAGAGAAAGGUUGUUAGCAUUAGCUAUUAUAAGAGGUUAUAAGCUGUAGCUGUUAUAAGCUGUAACUGUAGCUAUUUUAAGUGGUUAUAAGCUCUAGCUGUUAGAAGAGGUUAUAAGCUCUAGCUGUUGGAAGAGGUUAUAAGCUCUAGCUGUUGGAAGAGGUUAUAAGCUCUAGCUGUUGGAAGAGGUUAUAAGCUCUAGCUCAUCACAUACAGCAGUAUACAGUAUAUGGCCAGGAGGGUUUCUACAGCCUAAUUCAUACCGUACAUAAAACACAACACAAGAACACACUUAGUUACUCAGAAUCCUGCAUAGUUGCGUCGAGUUACUCCAGAGCUGCGCACAUUUGCAUAUUUUUGCUAUGCAAGUACACAGAACAGCCAUUUUGCAAAUAUGAUGAUAUUAUUGUGUAUGGUCCACAUCAGGCUCAACACAGAGUCAUGUGACUGGUCCAAAGGAAGAAGAUCAGGUAGCAUGCUAGCAGAUACCCAUAGACCUCCAGUCAUCGCGCUAACACUAGUUAGCAUUGGCUCACCAAACUACCUCUUAACUUCCUUCACACUGGACACAGAGACAUUACAAUGGUGUCCAUGAGUUCGUCUGACUCCGGGGAAGUAGAUAAAGGGCCUUAAUGCCAAAAUCCCCAAGUAUCCCUUUAAUAAUAAUAUAAAUCAAAACAAACAUGUUAAUGACGAGCAACUAGUUGGCUGAAAUAGCACCCUGUUCCCUAUAAAGUGCACUACCGCUACUUUAGUGCUCUAUUGUGGUCCUAAAUAGUGUGUUAUAUAGGGGAACAGGGUGCCAUUCAGGGACGAAUGAAUUGUUUCUUAACUGGUUUUCAGACUAGGUGGUUAAUCUUACUUUGCAAUAUAUCAACAAACACCUUUUGCAGUGUUUUCAACAUCUAUCUAUCAUGUCUUAUUGCUCAUCUGUUCAAGACCUCUCCUGUUUUCAGAGAACAAUUCUGGACAUCAAUACAGAAUACAGCUAUAGAAUUCUAGACAUCAGUAUAGAAUACAGCUAUAGAAUUCUAGGCAUCAAUACAGAAUACAGCUAUAGAAUUCUAGACAUCAAAACAGAAUACAGCUAUAGAAUUCUAGACAUCAGUACAGAAUACAGCUAUAGAAUUCUAGACAUCAAAACAGAAUACAGCUAUAGAAUUCUAGACAUCAGUACAGAAUACAGCUAUAGAAUUCUAGACAUCAAAACAGAAUACAGCUAUAGAAUUCUAGACAUCAAAACAGAAUACAGCUAUAGAAUUCUAGACAUCAAAACAGAAUACAGCUAUAGAAUUCUAGACAUCAGUACAGAAUACAGCUAUAGAAUUCUAGACAUCAGUACAGAAUACAGCUAUAGCUCUGACGGCUCUGCUUAUUUGUUGGGUCAAGUUGCCCCUAAAUACUGGUCUUGGGCAGUUUUUCUAGCCUGGGUCCCACGUCUCUUGCCAAUCUUGCUAACUCCCAGCUGUGUGAGGAAGGAAGCUAUACAGUUAAGCAAGCACAGUGAAACCUAUUACACCUACUCCAUUGCUAACUCUCAUUGUCAAGCCAUUUGUGUGGGAUAGCAAUUCCAUAAUGAGUUGGCAAGAGAGCACAAACAGACUGGCACCCAGGCUAAUACCUAGUAUAUCACCUAGCCUGGGCAUCAGUCUGGUUGUGCUAACAUUCCACACCUUGUAGUGUGUUGUCAUAUGUUUGGCUGUGGCAAGGUAUAUGAUGGUACAAACUGAUCUGGGAUCAGGCCUACCAAAACACUUAAGAAGUGGGUGACAACCUGCACCUAUAUCUGGAUCUAUCACAGAUCAUUACACCCUUACAUUGAAAUGUCUUUCUUCUUCAGUGAUUUUUGUUGUUGAUUUUGAUAGCGUGCUCUAUGCUAUCGGUCUAGUCAUGUGGCUUUUCUCAGUAUAUUAAGCUGAUAUGCAAAGUUGUUUCUCCUAAAUAUAAUAAAGCAUUUUUUUUUCUUUUUUCGAUGAUGGUGGUUAUUUUACAUCCUUGAAAGAAGUUUAAUAGUAGAGAGUUUGAACAACAAAGAAAGAUGAGGGUGGAAGAUUUGGGACACACUUUUACGUUACACCCUUAGGGUUUGAAUGUAUUUAAGUACAGAACUUUUUUUAUUUGUAUUUUAUUAAGAGAAAAUCUUUGAUUUCAAGCUGCUUCAUGUGUUUGUCUCUUGUGUAACGAUGAAAGAUAAAACCUUGCAUUUUUUCUCCGUUCGUAUAUUUGAUGGGAACACAGGAACAAUGUAACUGAGUGUGCAUCCAAAAUAGCAACCUAUUCCCUAUGUAGUGCCCUACUUAUGACAGGCUCUGGUCUAAAGUAGGGCACUAAUAUAGGGAAUAGGGUGCCGUUUGGGACACGAGAGAAAGUGACCGAUCAUCAUCUUUACCUCACAGGGAAUUUUCAGGGAUUGUUUUGACAAUGCAUCUUCAUACCCGUUCAAUACCUGUUUAAUACCUGUUCAACACUCCUUCAAGACCUGUUCAACACUCCUUCAAUACCUGUUUAAUACCUGUUCAACACUCCUUCAAUACUCCUUCUAUACCUGUUCAAUACCUGUUCAACACUCCUUCAAUACCUGUUCAACACUCCUUCAAUACCUGUUCAACACUCCUUCAAUACCUGUUCAACACUCCUUCAAUACUCCUUCUAUACCUGUUCAAUACCUGUUCAACACUCCUUCAAUACCUGUUCAACACUCCUUCAAUACCUGUUCAACACUCCUUCAAUACCUGUUCAACACUCCUUCAAUACCUGUUCAACACUCCUUCAAUACCUGUUCAACACUCCUUCAAUACUCCUUCAAUACCUGUUCACCACUCCUUCAGUACCUGUUUAACGUGUGGAUACAUUUUGAACACGAUGCCAUCUAUAAAUGAUGUGUAGAAAACUGUCAACAGGGCAGUUGAUUCUUCCUGAUGUUAAAGGACGUUGACCAUAUGUAUUGUAUAGUUAAAUGGAAACAUGUUUAUACCACAAAAUAAAUAUUGAAUAAUCAUUUUCUUUAA